AUGGAUGUCUUAGUCAACGACGUGGACGACGAUGAAAAUAUUGUCUUUGACGAUUCGUCUGAUGAUCGCAAUGUCUUACGAAUUGUGGUUACCGAAGCUAGCACAGAAAUCGCUCACGCUCUAAUGUAUCGAAUUCUUUCUAACAACGUAUUUGAAAAGGAUCAACUCAUUUAUUUAGUUGUUUACGAAACAUUUGAGAAAGCAUUAUUUUUAGAAAGUAUUGCAAUAGAGCUUACGGAAUUCAGUCCGGCUCAGCUCUAUGGAAUUAUUUGUACGCAUGAGCCGUCGAUCGCUUUUAAAGAUGCGGACAUUGUAUUUUGUAUUGGAUUAGCAAGAGGAUAUGAAUUUAUGAACGAAGAGUAUGAAGAUUUAUUUUUCGAGGAGUGUGCCUUAAUUGGAAAAUUUCAUGGUGAAACCUUAGAAAGGUACAUGUCUUUUGAAAAAGAUGUUAUUAUUAAUGACUGUUUACGUGCAUGGCUAAAAGUAGAUUUACCAAGGAUACUGGAAAAUAUAUCGAAUAGAUCUUGGUAUAUCAGAUCACUCGCAUAUGCACUUGCAGAACAUUGCAAAUUAUUGUGGUAUGGGACAGAACAAGAUGAAUGGACUUGCAUGGGUGUAUACUCUGAUGGUUCAUACGGUGUUCACGAGGGAAUAUUUUUCUCCUAUCCAGUACAUUGCAAUAACAAAGAAUACGAGAUCAUUCAAGGUCUGCUAGAUAACAAUUCAUACGUCCAGCGACAAAUAGAGAAAAUAAGUGAGUUCCUGUUGUUGAAGAUUCGUGCUGCGUUUCGAAUUUGCAAUUCGAAGUAA